AUGGCAUACAAGGAAGAAAGGAAAACAAGCAUGCACUUGGGACGCAUUCAACAAGGAAAAGACGAGUCUUUGAGAAACUAUGUUAAGCGCUUCAAUCUAGAAGCCGGACAGAUCCCAGAUCUGCCCGAUGGCGUCUCCUUCGAUAAUUUUAUCAGAGGAUUGAAGAAAGGGUCAUUCAAGUUUGACUUGGUUAAGAAAAUUGUCCGGACGAUGGCUGAAGUCCUGGACGAGGCCGAAGACUUUAUUCACGCAAAAGAAAUAUGCAGUGCAUCCAAGGAUGGAAAGGCUGGUGAAGUGACGGACUCCUCAGGGAAGAAAGAAAAGAUAGACAGGAAAGUCCCACGAGUAAAUGGUACUUGGGCUCUUUCGAAAGAAUAUGAUACCAAUUCUCCCUGGCAGAAGAGAGGACGCCCACAAGAGAGAGAAUAUUUUGAAUACAAUACAAACCUUCUCACAAUCCUAGUGGACGUCGAAACCAGGUUCGACCUGGAACGACCCUUUCCCAUGAAAUCUCCUGCUGAGAGUCGAGAUCCUAAGCUGUAUUGCCAGUUCCACGAAGAUAUAGGACAUGACACCAAGGAUUACAAGAGCCUAAAGAGAGCCCUGGACGGCCUAGCCUCCAAGGGGCACCUAAAAAACUACUUGCAAAGAAGCACCCACGGCACAGGAAAAAAUCAUUACAAGAAAAACAAGUCACCUAUCUCAGCUACAGAAGGAAAUCACAGCGAAGGAGGAUUUGUAGCCGUCAUAUCAGGAGGACCAGCUGCUGGAGGGCCCACCAUGAGGGGACAAAAAGAUUAUGCCCGCCGUCUAGGUCAGGUAAUGUUAUCAGGGAAAUCACCAGUGGACCCAUUCCCUCGGAUAGAAAUAUGUGAAUCGGACGGUGGACGUGUAGCCACCCCGCAUUACGACCCUCUUGUGGUCGAGAUCAAAUCUCUAACAUGA